UAUUUAACACCACUUUCGCUCAGGGAAUAGGCAUAGAUGAGAUAAGCGAGCGGUUGGGUACAGAUGUAAAUACACCUUGCUGCAACAGAUCUACAUUCACAUCGAAGUUUGUCGUUCUUAAGCUGAUUAGCCAUGCAAGCUUAUGUGAUAUACCCCGUGCUAGCAGUAUUCUGCAUUUGUUUCUGCAAUGUUGCAUUGUCUCAAAACUUUGUGGAACGUCCCCAGGACCAGACUAUUCGAGAAGGGCAGACCGUUCUCUUUCGUUGCAUCAUCAGGAACCUACAAAGCAACCAGAAUGUCUAUUGGUUUCGUUUGUCAACGCGGAGGUUCUUAACGGUUAACCGCAUGGUUCAUUCGAACGUACCACAGCAUCAACGCCUUUCUAUUCUGGGCAAUGCAAAUCUUGGAGAGUACCACUUGCAGAUUCGGGACGUUGAGCUCGAAGAUGCCGGCACCUAUCGAUGCGGAUUUGCGAUUCCCAACAUGCAAUUUACCUUCAGAAGUGUCGUUCUUGUUGUGCUGAGACCACCGAAUCAGGGUUCGCCGAUGUGUGAAUUUUCUCCAGACCGACCAGACAUUGAUGACGUAGCGAUGCUGACAUGCAGAUCCGAAGGCGGUCGACCGCCAGCGAGGCUGACUUGGAGACUAGGAGAAAGGAUCCUUACAGAACCGAAAGAAUCACCCAACAUUCUGUCAGUCGUUGUAAGUGGUGAGCACAACGGACGAGAAUUCAUCUGCGACAGCGAGUCUCCUGCAGUCGACGAACCGCGUUUCUGUAGCGUCACUCUUUUGUCGAUUCGUCCCGAUGUUCGAGUCGAGCCUCCUCUCGGCAUCGCAGAAGUCGGAGGAAGUAUUGUCUUUACAUGCGUCGCGUUCGGCCUACCCGAAAUCGUCCAAUACGAUUGGUUAUUCGACAACAAUCCAGUUGAUGACAUCCAGCGAAUAGAGGUAAGCCGAGAUGGCAGAACUUUGAUAAUUAACGAUAUUACACUUGAAGACGACGAAAGUCCUGUCCACUGUACUGCAACUACAACGCAUGGGUUAUCGUCAACUUCAGGAGCUUCGCUCCAAGUCAAAGAAUUAUAUACAGUUGAACCGACUACCAUUAACGCAACUGGUUUUUAUAACGAAACGAUGGACGAGUUACCGAAUAAAACUUCUGGUGUCAUCAUAGCAAUAAUCGUCAUCGCUGUCAUCGUCGGACAAGUCUUGUUUGUCAUCAUGGUUUAUUCUCUCCAUAGGUAUGUAAACAGGAUGAUGAAAGAUAGGAAAGCAAGACGUCGCCCUGCCCCUGUGAUGAGAGACGUGGACAUGAGAAAUCCUCCAGAACCGAGAGCGAAAGGUGUCGAUGAUAUGGGAGAGAACAUCUAUGUCGGUGGUGUGAGUAUCAGGCCUAAUGAUCGUAGUGACAUUGAUCCUGAAACCGGUGCACCAAGGGUGUUUUAUAAUAGCAUAAAUGAUUCGUCGUUUGAUAGCAUGGGUGAAGGGGUCUAUUCUCAAGGACUUUCAUCUCCUCCGGUGGGUGUUUCUCUAGGUGUAGCUGGUACCCCUGCGGCAUCUCCUCUGGAUGCUCCAAAAAGCGGACAACGUUCCUCGGCGUCCCCUCCCUCGCCGAUUUACAGCAAUGCUGUUGCUCUUGAUCAGAGUAAUCAGCAACCCCAGGGUCGUCUGCCACCUCCGACAGCGCCUCCUACGUCACCGUCCACUGUUUCAGAAUCCCCCUACGGAUACGACUCGGUGCCAUUUGUGGAGGCAGAGGAAGAACCCAGGCGUCCCCCACCACCCACCGGCAACCCGCCACGCCCUCCCGUCGCCGUUACCUCCCCACCACCCAACAAGCCUCCUCCAAGAGUCCCAGCUGAUAAACGCCAGUCCAAUCCAAAAGGUACAGCCCCUGCGAAAAACGAAUACUGCGGAUUGACCCCUGGGAGAACAGAAAGUCGGUAUCUCAGCCUUUGCCACUAUGACGAAGCUUACGCUGAUCAGGUGCUCCAGCAAGGCGCGAGGUUGAAUGGCGAAGCGUACAAUCCUUACGAUCAUCCGGUGGUGGAUUCCGACGAUGACCACGACGUUGACGUUGACAAGCACCACGAUGAUGACGGAUACGUGUACGAACUACCGCCUAGUUCUUCAUCACCCGAUGAGGUGUAUGACAUCCCUCCCGACGCUAGCAAACGAGAGUAUACAUUUAUGGGUUCUAAGCUUCCCCAAAAAUGAAAAUAUAGAGGAUUAGACAAUUCAUCAUCGCCAACCUAUUAAAAGAAAUGACUGAAACUUUUUUUUAUGAAAUUAUUUUACUCGAUAUCGGUGGCUGGUCCAUUUGAUGUUUUGUAAAGAGAAACAAACGCCAUGCAUGAACCAGAUCAGAUCAUAAUCUGUUUCACGUAUUAUGUACCAUACAUGUUUUCAUUGUCAAUAUGGUGCAUUUCAAAGAUCAAACAAAUAGCAUACACAUUAUUUUUUUUUCUAAAACUUUAACUGUAAGAUGCUUAAUCGAUCAUACACAACUCAUAUCUUGCACAUCAUAUCGCAACAAUAAUUUUUCUACUUAAUUUUUUUUAUUAGAAAGAAAAGAUCAUUAUUCUAUUCUUACCAAGAGAGAAAAAAACAUUGUUUCCAGAAGGAAAUGUCCAACCGGGUCAAUUUGUAGUGAUUAUGACUGAUAUCGGUUCCUUACAUCUGAUAUCCGGAUACAUUUUAAAGUGUAAAUUGUUUUCACACGUUGUAAGGAUAUUCGUUACCUAAUUGUGAUAAGAUUGUACUUUCGGUUAAGGUCACAACUGACCUGCACCAAAAAGGGCAGUUCCUGAAGUAGGAAUUACAGUUUCAUAAUUCGAUUAUAAUUCUAGUUUUUCGUUCAGAUUCUGAUUUACGUAAUGGUUCAGAUUGAUUUCAUUCUAUUUAUUUAUUCACAUUUUGUCGACUGAAUUAAAUCGUUCCCACAUAUCCAAUAUAGCGAACAUAUAACAGCAAAAUAUGUGAUGCUCUAGUUGUUUUGAAAAUGAUCAGUCACCAAAGUUCUCACUUGAAAUGUUGGGCAACAUACUGUCCACUGUGUUGGGUAAUGUAUGUAGGUAAAAAUAUAUAUAUUAUAGGCAAUUAUUAUCCAGUUGAGCAAGUUUGAUACCCAAUUGGGACAGAAUUUAACGCAGUGAUGGUUAAAAAUUGGGCCUUUUUGCCCAACCUUUUUAAGAGUG